AUGGGUUCUAUACAGGAAUUAUCCAAGCUUUCUGGCCAGAGCGACUGCUCUUACGUCUAUGGCUCCCGGUUCGCUGCCCGGCCUCUGCCAUCGCAUCAGCUUCCGGAUGGAGGGAUGCCAAAGGAUGUGGCGUACCAGAUGAUCCAAGAUGACUUGACCCUGGAUGGUCAGCCAAUAUUGAACCUCGCCAGUUUCGUGACCACCUACAUGGAAGACGAAGCCCUCAAGCUACUCGCCGAAUCAGCAAAUAAGAACAUCAUCGACCACGAGGAAUACCCCAAAUCCGUCGAGAUCGAGCACCGCUGUCUGAACAUCCUCGCCGACCUAUUCCACUCCCCGAUCUCCGACGGAGCCCCAACCGCCUUUGGCACGUCAUGCAUAGGGUCUUCCGAAGCCAUCAUGAUAGCAACCCUAGCAAUGAAGAAACGUUGGGAAAUCAACCGCAAAGCCCAGGGGAAAGAUUCCUCCAACCCAAACCUUAUCAUGAGCAGCGGCGUCCAAGUCUGCUGGGAAAAGGCAGCCAGAUACUUCGAUAUCACCGAGAAGCUAGUCCCAUGUACAGAGACGCGAUACGUGAUCGACCCAGUUCAAGCAGUCAACAUGGUCGAUGAGAACACCAUCGGCAUCUGCGCGAUUCUCGGCACGACAUACACGGGCCAGUACGAAGACGUACAAGCUAUCAGCGAACUUCUCAUUGAGAAGGGACUGGACACACCCAUCCACGUGGAUGCCGCCAGCGGCGGAUUCGUGGCGCCAUUCGUGAACCCGGAUCUAGUGUGGGAUUUCAAAUUACCCAACGUCGUCUCGAUCAAUGUCUCUGGACAUAAAUACGGACUAGUCUACCCCGGCAUCGGCUGGGCCCUCUGGCGGUCCCCAGAGUAUCUCCCCGAAGAGCUAGUCUUCAACAUCGACUACCUAGGCGCCGAGCAACUAAACUUCACAAUGAACUUCUCCAAACCAGCAUCCCACAUCAUAGCACAGUACUACCAGCUCAUCCGACUGGGCCGAAGCGGGUACACGAGCAUUAUGAGGAACCUCACGAAAACAGCCGACUACCUCACCAGCCAGCUGAAAGAAAUGGGCUUCGUAAUCAUGAGUGAAGGCGGUGGCCAGGGUCUACCGGUCGUGGCGUUUAGGUUGAGUUCGACGCAGAACGCCUUCUUGGAUGAAUGGGCGCUUGCACGGAAACUGCGUGAGAGGGGGUGGAUUGUGCCUGCUUAUACGAUGGCUGCUGAUUGUGAGACUAUGGGGAUGAUGAGGGUGGUUGUCAGGACGGAUUUCAGUAUGGGACGGUGUAUGAGUUUGAUGCAGGAUGUGCGGGAUUCGUUGGGGGCUUUGGCGGGUUUGGAGAUUCAGAAUAUUCAGCGGUAUCAGGCGUGA